AGUCCCCAGCAACCGGCUAUCGAAGAGCAAGGAGCCUUGAAUGGCCCGCGACGGCGGCGGCGGCUCACCGGCGGCGGAGCGGCGGAGGGUGGCUCUGCGUGCCCUCCUCUCCUGUGAAGAGGCCUCGUCAUACGCGUUGCCGGCGGCGGCGGAGGAGGCCAUGAGGCCGAGCAAGGGGCUGCUGCGCGGGCUCGGGUGCACGUCGGCGGCGGCGUCCCAGGCUCACGCGCCGGCUGCUGCUGCGGAUGCGUUGGGGUCUUCGGCGGACUGGCGCGGGAUGCGGCGGCGGAAGGGAAAGGAGAGGCGGAAGGCGAGGGGCGUGGGAGGCGGCGUUGUGAGUGCUGGGGGGAUGGGCGGGGACGUGUGGUGCACUCCGGGGAUACCGUUCGCCGCCGAGGCGUCAUCGGUGGACUGCUUGGUGGCGCUGCACCAGCCGACGGUGGGUACGCGUCGCCGCGCCCAGGCAGAGAGGUCGAACAGAGAGGGGCCUGGCGCAGCUCCGGCUAGGAGGGUCACCAUGCGGGAGCACAUGUCCUCGUCUCCCAUGAAUUCACCCCCACACCAUGAAAUGCCGUUCAUUGAUGCCGUCCGUAUACCUUCUGGCCGCAACCGACAUGUGAAUGGGCGUCGGCACUCUCACGCACGGCUUCAGGAAGAGAUGAUGAUGUUCCGAACAAGGGUAUUAUUAGGAAGGAUGGGUAUGUAUGAUCAGUAUCAGGAUUGGCGCCUUGAUGUUGAUAACAUGACAUACGAGGAACUGCUUGAUCUUGAGGACCGAAUUGGAUAUGUAAGUACAGGGUUGCGUGAGGAUGAGAUCAUUCAAAGCCUUAGGAUGGUCAAAUACUCGGCGUUCCACCCCAAUCAUUUUUCAACAGAAAUGGAUAGGGGAUGUAGCAUUUGUCAAGAAGAGUUUGAACCAAAUGAAGAAACUGGGAAGCUGAGUUGCAGCCACAACUAUCAUGUAAACUGCAUAAAGCAGUGGCUUUCUCGAAAGAACGCUUGCCCAGUUUGCAAAACUGUUGUCUCAAAGACCUGAAGUACUUGCAUUUGUAUGGCUGGAUUAAAACGUGACAGGCAUUUGUUCUUCUGUAUUGUUGUACAGCCCUCCCCAUAUAUGACUGUACAAAUGCAUGAUCCAAAAGAUCGCAUUUGCAUAUAGAGAUUACAAGUUUUCCCCAUUUUUAAAUAGGGUGCCGUCUCAAAGCAUGACAGACAUCAGUUCUUCAAUGCAUUUCUCGUAGCUGCUGUUAACAAAUUUGUUGCAACUGUCCUAGAAUCGUUUGUUCUCCGCGGACCAAAAGUUGGUGUCUUUCUAAUUACUGAGUUGAGGUCCAUCAGACUAA